AUGAAGAGUCUACUUUUUCUGGUGCUGAUUUCUGUCUGCUGGGCUGAACCUCACCCUGACAACUCAAGUCGGGAGCAUGAAAGAAUUAUUCACAUUCAAGCAGAAAAUGGACCCCGUCUACUUGUGGUAGCAGAGCAAGCUAAAAUCUUCUCACACCGGGGUGGCAACGUCACACUGCCGUGUAAAUUUUACCAUGAACACACAUCAGCAGCUGGCUCAGGAACCCACAAAAUCCGGGUCAAGUGGACCAAACUCACCUCAGAUUACCUCAAAGAAGUGGACGUCUUUGUUGCAAUGGGACACCACAGAAAGAGCUAUGGAAACUACCAGGGCAGAGUGUUUCUGAGGGAAAGCAGUGAAAAUGAUGCCUCUCUUAUAAUCACAAAUAUAAUACUGGAGGAUUAUGGGAGAUAUAAGUGCGAGGUCAUUGAAGGAUUAGAGGAUGAUACAGCAGUGGUAGCUCUGAAUUUGGAAGGUGUUGUAUUCCCUUACUCUCCACGGCUGGGUCGUUACAACUUAAACUUCCACGAGGCUCAGCGAGCAUGUCUGGACCAAGACUCUGUUAUCGCCUCCUUUGACCAGCUCUAUGACGCCUGGAGGUCAGGGCUGGACUGGUGUAACGCGGGCUGGCUCAGCGACGGCUCCGUGCAGUACCCCAUCACCAAGCCCAGGGAGCCCUGCGGAGGGAAGAACACAGUGCCUGGGGUCAGGAAUUACGGGUUCUGGGAUAAAGAUAAAAGCCGAUAUGACGUUUUCUGUUUUACUUCAAACUUCAAUGGUCGUUUUUACUACCUAAUUCACCCGACCAAGCUGACCUACGAUGAAGCCGUUCAGGCGUGCUUGAAGGAUGGAGCUCAGAUCGCUAAAGUUGGCCAGAUAUUUGCCGCCUGGAAGCUCCUGGGCUAUGACCGCUGCGACGCCGGCUGGCUGGCUGACGGCAGCGUCCGCUACCCAAUCUCCAGGCCAAGGAAACGCUGCAGUCCUAACGAAGCAGCGGUUCGCUUUGUAGGCUUCCCUGAUAAAAAGCACAAGCUGUAUGGUGUCUACUGUUUCAGAGCGUACAACUGAAAAU